CGGAGGGGUUCGGACGCCGGUAGCUUGUCAGAUGAAAUCCCAGCAGUUGUUGAGUAAUUCCUCUCACACUGGACAUCUUUCAACGCAGAGGUCGAGGCUCGACGGACUUAAACACCGGCAGACAUGUCGUACUGCAGACAAGAGGGUAAAGAUCGCAUCAUCUUUGUGACCAAGGAGGACCAUGAGGCUCCCAGCAACGCUGAGCUCAUAGCAGAUGACCCCAAUGAUCCUUAUGAGGAGCAGGGUCUGAUCCUACCAAAUGGAGACAUCAACUGGAACUGCCCGUGCCUUGGUGGCAUGGCCAGUGGACCAUGUGGCUCUCAGUUCAAGGAAGCCUUUUCCUGCUUCCACUACAGCAAGGAAGAGGUGAAGGGCUCUGAGUGCAUCGACAACUUCCGUAACAUGCAAGAGUGCAUGCAGAGGUACCCUGAGCUCUAUCCUCAGGAGGAAGAUAAAGAAAGCUCCUCCCAAGCUGAGUCCAACUCUGGUUCUGCCUCCGCCGCCCCGACUGAGGACUCUGCCUCACCCCCCGACACUGACUCUGCCCCGGCCACUUCAACAGCUGAGUCUGCUGCCUCAUCUGACAGCACGUCACCUACAGACAACCAGACUGCCAGCUAAGGUCAAUCAGCUGUCAUCCAGGCUUCUCUGUGUGUGAGCACUGCCCAGCUUAACUGACUCUCCACGGGGAGCUCUGAUUGGACCCUCCUCAUGUUUAAGCCACAGAGAGCUUCCUGAUGUAGCUCUGACACUCACUGGGCAAUUAUUACAGGCCAUCAGAGGAGGACUGUGUGAAUGCAGAGAAACAUAGCAUAUAUACAAAAGUAUAGGUUUGCUGAGCACUCAAAUCAUUGUAUAAUAUGAUUUCAUGACAGCGGGCCAAGCUAUUUGCUGCAGGGACAUUAGUUGAAGGACUCACUUUAUAUGCAAUAGGAAUUUAAUUUGCUGUGUGUGUGCUCAUGUCAAUCAGAAGAGCUUGUUUGUUUAGGUUCAUUAUGUGUGUUGUCCUGUUAAUCUUGACUGGCCAGGAACAUUACUUAGCACUGAUUCAUUUUCACUAAUUCAAUUUGAAAUCUAAGCAGUAAUCAUCAGAUUUUUUUUUUUUAUUUCAGCAAUGUUUAGCUUUUUUAUGGAACAACUCAACUCAAGACAGUUUUGACACAUACUAACUUAACAGUUAAUCCAUUUGCUGUCCAUCACUUGAGAGACCAAAACACAAUCAGCUGGUCACAAAAUAGAAGCUUACUGCUUCAACUUCAGUACAGUGACUAUUACAUUUAAGGGAUAGUUUGGAUUUCUAAAUUGGGGUUGUGUAAGGUCUUUACACACAGUGGAUGGUUGUCCGCACACCCUCAGUUUUGAAGGAGUAUGCAGGAGUACCAGCACAAAGCGAAGAAAUGUACCGAUUUCUUGUCUACUGCAGACUCAAACUUACCUGCAAACUUACCUUUUUAAAACCAAAAAAAGACACAAUAACACAAACUAAACUCAAGUCAAAGCUACUGGCAUAGUGCGCCCCCAGGGGUCACCAGAAACUCCUGUAAAGUUAAAUCACUGUUUUUGUCAAUGGAGUCUGGUGACUUUGAAGAGAGCUUUGUGGAGGGUUCAGUUUUCUUUAGUUUUUUUAAUUUGCUGGUUGGACAAGAAAUGUACUUGCCCUUAUACAAAUAGUUUUAUUUAUAAAUAGUUAAUAACAAUGCAACCAAGUAAGUGAGAUGCUGUUGGCUCUUGUUGUGGCACUUCAGUGACAGUUUAGAAAACCUGAUGUGCCUUAAAAAAAAGUUUCAUAAACCUCGCUCUCAUAUUUGCAUCAAACUGCACAGUACAUGUUUGGAGUUUUGCACAUAUCUUCUAACACCACCCAAGUAAACUCCUGUUUCCAGGAUACUUGAGAUACUUUGUUGCGCUUCAGCUCAUAUGCUUCGUCUUUACCCAAUACCAAAUUCUUGCAGGUGCCUGAGCAGUACUUUUGACUUUUUACAUUUGAAAUGGUAAGCAACAUGGCUCAAUCCAUAGCUAUUUCCAUCAUCAGCUCAACAAAAAGAGUUACCAAGUUGCUAGCUCUGAUAACCAUGCUGGGACUCCUGUCUGCCUUUCUGAACUUUGUGCAUGCCGACCGCCAUCUGCUAGAAGUUAUCCAUUCUUAUCAAUAAGUACCUUUUUAUAUAAAACCAUUUCAAAAUAUCCAAACCAUCCCUUAAAGAGUUGUUUUCAGCUGUGUUUGUCUUGGAGAAACUUUAGGGUCUCCAUCUCCAUCUGUUGCCGUACAAACAAUGGUCUGUUAACUGACACUGUAUAUGGCCUAGACCAAAGUGGUUUGUCACAUUUAACUGUCACUGCAUAAAUGUUUUUGCUGUCUUGACACUGUGUAGAGUCUACAGUUGGAUGCUUUGGUCACCAUUCAAUGACAUUCAGGCCUUAAAAGAGUUUUUGUCAAACAUGUCCACAUUAAAUGAUCGUCAAACAAUUUCAA